CGGGUCUUUUUUAGCGCCAUCUGCUCGCGGCGCCGCCUCCUGCUCCUCCUCGCCGCCGCUGCCGCCCCUGAGUCACUGUCUGCGCAGCUCCGGCCGCCUGGCUCCCCGCACUCGCCGCCGAUAUUUGGAGUUCUUGCAACAUGGCAGACGUUGACAACAAAGAACAGUCUGAACUUGAUCAAGAUUUGGAUGAUGUUGAAGAAGUAGAAGAAGAAGAAACUGGUGAAGAAACAAAAAUCAAAGCGCGUCAGCUGACUGUUCAGAUGAUGCAAAAUCCUCAGAUUCUUGCAGCCCUUCAAGAAAGACUUGAUGGUCUGGUAGACACACCAACAGGAUACAUUGAAAGCUUGCCUAGGGUAGUUAAAAGACGAGUGAAUGCUCUUAAAAACCUUCAAGUUAAAUGUGCACAGAUAGAAGCCAAGUUCUAUGAGGAAGUUCAUGACCUUGAAAGGAAAUAUGCUGUUCUCUAUCAACCUCUGUUUGAUAAGCGAUUUGAGAUCAUUAAUGCAAUUUAUGAGCCCACGGAAGAAGAAUGUGAAUGGAAACCUGAUGAGGAAGAAGAAAUUUCGGAGGAUCUGAAAGAAAAGGCCAAGAUUGAAGAAGAGAAAAAGGAUGAAGAAAAAGAAGACCCUAAAGGAAUUCCUGAAUUUUGGCUGACUGUUUUUAAGAAUGUUGAUUUGCUCAGUGACAUGGUUCAGGAACAUGAUGAGCCUAUUCUCAAGCACUUGAAAGAUAUCAAAGUGAAAUUCUCAGAUGCUGGCCAGCCUAUGAGUUUUAUCUUAGAAUUUCACUUUGAACCCAAUGAAUAUUUCACAAAUGAAGUACUGACAAAGACAUACAGGAUGAGAUCAGAACCAGAUGAUUCUGAUCCCUUUUCUUUUGAUGGACCAGAAAUUAUGGGUUGUACAGGGUGCCAGAUAGAUUGGAAAAAAGGAAAGAAUGUCACUUUGAAAACCAUUAAGAAGAAGCAGAAACACAAGGGACGUGGAACAGUUCGUACUGUGACUAAAACGGUUUCCAAUGAUUCUUUCUUUAAUUUUUUUGCCCCUCCUGAAGUUCCUGAGAGUGGAGAUUUGGAUGAUGAUGCUGAAGCUAUUCUUGCUGCAGACUUUGAAAUUGGUCACUUUUUACGUGAGCGUAUAAUCCCAAGAUCAGUGUUAUACUUUACUGGUGAAGCUAUUGAAGAUGAUGAUGAUGAUUAUGAUGAAGAAGGUGAAGAAGCGGAUGAGGAAGGGGAAGAAGAAGGAGAUGAGGAAAAUGAUCCAGACUAUGACCCGAAGAAGGAUCAAAAUCCAGCAGAGUGCAAGCAACAGUGAAGCAGGAUGUUUGUGGCCUUGAGGAUAACCUGCACUGUAAUAGCCUAAACACAACUAUUAUUUACUUCUAGCCUUAUGUUUUUGUAUUUUCUUGGUAGACUCUUAAAUUCUUUUUAAAGGAAAGAAAUUGACAUUUUAAAAGACAAAUUUGUUCUAGCAUUUUAAAUAAUUUUCUGUCCCAUCUGUUGAAUGCACGGAUCUUCUCAUGCAUGUCCAUUUGUUGAUGCAGUUUGGUUCUUUGGGAAUAUUUUCAUCAUGUAGCUAUUGGAUUACAACCAUGAAAAUUAACAACAGUUAAACAUUUUUUUUUUGUUUGUUUGGCUAUUUUCUUUUCCUAAAGAACCAAGGUAGUGUUUCACCUGGUAGUACAAUGAGUUUUAAGUUCGCUUGCAUUAAUUGUGCUUUUUAUUAUAUUGUUACAGAAAUGCAGUGACUUAAUACUACUAAAACAAUAUCAUUAAACCUUGUGGUUAAGAAUUUCCAGUAAUAAGACCAAACCCAAUAAUUGUUAGAUUAUUCAUGGAUUUUUAUAUAUUAGAUAAUAGAGUUUAAUUAUAAGAAUUCUGACUCAUAAUAUAUAUGGCUAUUGGUUACCACAGGGAGGUGAAUAAGACCUAGAAACUUUAGUCACUAAUACUAUUAAAGAGUACUUUUAAAUUUUGCUUCCAUUAACUAAGCAUUUUUUUCUUUGUGGUAGGGUCUACCUUCUGCUUUCCUGGAAAGGAUGAAUUUACAUCAUUUGACAAGCCUAUUUGAAGUUUUUUUUGUUGUUUGUUUGCUUAUUUUUGUUUUUUCAGCCUAAAAUAAAAAUGUCAUACAAUUUUA